GACCGUACAGGGCACCGAGCCCGCAGAGCGCGUGAUUGCUUCUCGAGCUGUCAGAAAAGGCUCUUUUAUGAAUGAAGCAUCCCUUCUGUGGACAAAGACACCAGGGAGAGACUCUUAAGACUGUAGCAGCGCGACUGAUACUGCUGUUCCUCCGUUUCCGGAUAUUAACCGUUCCCGGGGUCAUUAUUAACCUGACUGUGCGCGGUGCGGCUCGUGUGUCCCGACUGAUGGUGCAGAAGAGCGGGCGGUGUUGUUGGACAAUGCGAAAGAACGGUUGUGUGACAGCGGGAGGACGAUACCAAGAUAGAUACUGCAUUUGAUUGACGAGACAUUCACAUGACUUGGCUACGGGGGUGUGCGCCAUAUUCCAGACGCACCUGCUGCACCUCCUGCAAAUGAAUGGUUAUGCUGGGCUGAUGGAUAUUUUUCUAUGACAGAGACAGUAUUUAUUGAUGAUCCUGCCAAGGAUUUCAUGUGCAUCCCUUUCCUGCAAGCAUAUCUUGUCUACCUCAUUUCACAAGUCAUUGAAUGUAAUGCCAUUGCAAGGACUAAUUUCAUCAGCAGCUUUACAUUAUUUCAGAUGAAAACAGCUUUUAUUGUCGUCUUAAAGCAUGUGUUCAGUCUGAUGCAGCUGAAGCAUUGCUCUUUUGUGUUCCUAUGGGAUCAAUUUCACCCUAAGGACUCAGGUGUCCUUGUGUCAGACUAAAUAAGGAUAAUUAUAAACCUGUGGAAUGCUUGAUCUCAAGAUGAAGGAAGCCUGUCGCAUCUGUGGACGGGAGCUCUGCGGUAACCAGCGACGAUGGAUCUUCCAUCCUACCCCCAAGCUCAACCUGCAGGUGCUGCUGUCUCACGCUCUGGGGCAAGAGCUGACUCGGGAUGGCAGAGGGGAGUUUGCCUGCUCCAAGUGCACCUUCAUGCUGGACCGCAUGUACCGCUUCGACACCGUGAUCGCCCGCGUGGAAGCCCUGUCCAUUGAGAGGCUGCAGCGGCUCCUGCAGGAGAAACACCGGCUCAGGCACUGCAUCGGCGGGCUCUACCGGAAAACAAACUCAGAAGAAGGUGCUGUGACAUCUGGAGACAAUGAAGAACUGGGAGAUAGGAUGGUGGACAUUUCAGGCCUCACUCAUGCAAAGUACUGCGCCCUGCUCCAAGAGGAUCUGGUCUACUCUUUGUACGAGUCCUGGGCCGACGACGGCCUGGACUUUCAGAACCACCAACACCCCCAGUGUCCUGCUGGUCCAGGGUCAGAGGUCACCGUUGCAGGCUCACAACGUUGUGUUCCCAGCACUCCCAGGAAGUGUCGCGGAUGUUCCUACUGGCGAGUAGCCGACUCGGACUAUGAAGCUGUUUGUAAAGUGCCCAGGAAGCUGGCACGGAGUAUUUCCUGUGGUCCGUCAUCCAGAUAUUCAGCCAGUGUUAUUGGAGGGAGUGUGAUCGUAGGAGUUGGGGGCGAACGAGAACGAAAUAAUGUAGAGGAUUCAGAAGAACCUGCUUCCUCUUUAACCUUGGUCCCAGGUUCUCGGGACCCCUCAAGGACAUCAGACAGUGAUCGCACCCUUGCUGGAAGAGCCAGCUCCAGCCCCUCUGUAGCAUCCUUAGAGCUGACUGAGGAGUAUAUUCAGACUGGAGCCAUAACAGAUGGGCCGCUGAGCUCCCCUAGGGAGCUAAUAGAUGACCGGAUAUCUGACUCCCUUUCUGAGGAGCACAUGGGAGCCCCACAUGGCCCAGCCUCACCCAGCCCAAGCCUCUCUCUGGCUCUCUGUUUCCUGCAGAGCUAUGCUGCCUACCGGCCAGUCUUAAGCUCUAAGGGGAGCAAGCUGCCAGUGCUCCAACGCAGCUCCAGUAAUGGAGGUCCGAGACUGUACUUCCCAGAUCCAGUUUUGGGAAUGUCUUAUGGAAACCCAGAGGGAGAAAGAGACGGCCACACGCCAACACCUGAGCUGGAGACCCCUGUGAUACGGCUGGUUGAUCAGGACCUGAACCUGGCUAACAUGGAAGAGUUGUUGGAAGAUUUGUACAAAGAGUAUCCUUCCCCACGUCCUCACCAGAGCCUCGUUGAGGAGCAGCAGAGUCAACUGAACCAGUAUGAGUGUGCGGCCGGGCAGUGUGUCAGCGAGCUGCAGAAGGCCCAGCUCCAGGUCCAGUCCCUGCAGGCCAAGAUCCACGAGAGCGAGGCCAACAACAUGAAGCUGCAGGAGAAGCUGAAUGAGAUGGAGUGUGAGCUGCGUUCAAUCCGCCAGGCUGCUCAGAGUCAGGAAAGGACCAUUCAGGGUCUCAGUGAGUCCAUCAGCACCAAGGACAGUGAGGCCCAGGAGCUGUUCCAGCUGAUGGAGGGGCAGAACUCGACUCUGUGUAAGCUGAGAGAAAUUAUCCAUCGCAACCAGCUUACUCAAUGCAAGACUCUAGAGGGGGUCAGUGAGUCCGUAAUGCUCGCCCAGCUGCAGGGCGAGCUGGUGGCAGUGCAAAGCUCCUUGUUCUCCCUCGGGCUGGAGCUGGACGCCAGCCAGAGGAGUCUGAGACAAAGCCAUAGACAAGGAGAAGAUCUGACCAGGUUUAAGGACAGACUGAACUCUGAUCUGCAGGACGUGCAGCAGCACAGGGAUGUCACCGAAAAGCACAACCAGGACCUGCGCAGUGCCCUGCAGAAAACUCGCUGUGAGCUUCAGGCUAAAGAAGCAGCUCUGAAGGAGGCCGAGGCAGAGAGACACACUGUGGUGCAGGAAAAGGAGAGGAGCAUCACACAGCUCAAAAACACUCUGCAGGACAAGGAGCAACAGUUACAGGAGUACUCCGAGAUGAUGGAGUCCACAGGAAGCUCCAAACCAAGAGAUGCCCUGCUGGAGAAACUACGGGAGCGUAUCAAAGAUAGAGACAGAGCUCUGGAGCGCUCCAUCGAUGACAAGUUCCGCUGUGUGGAGGAGCGCGAGGGCCAGGUGAGGAGGCUGCAGCUGGCCCUCAGGGAGAAGGAACGAGACCUGGAGAGACUCCGCUGCAUCCUGUCCAACAAUGAGGAGACCAUCACAAGUCUGGAUGCCCUGGUGCGCGGUAAAGAGCUGGAGCUGGAGCAGGCGGCCGAGGCCUACAGGAACCUCCAGUGGCUGAAGCAGCAGAGCGAGGAGAAGGAGAGAAACACCCUGAGAGAGAAAGACACCAUCAUCAGCCAGCUUCAGGCGGCUCUGCAGACACACAGCCAGGAGGCACAGGAUCUGACAGCCACCCUCAUUGCCAGAGUUCAGGCCGGUCCAACUGAGGUUGUAGAGGAGUUGAAGGCGCGGCUGGCGCUGAAAGAAAAGCUCUUCCAGGAACUGCUGUCAGACCGCAGCCGCCAGUCUAAUGAACACCGAUUACAGGUUGAGGACAUGCUGAACACUCUCAGCUCCAAAGACCAGUAUCUGCAGGACUACUCCUACAGGCUCUCCCUUGUAAUCAGUGAGCGGACUGGCCAGCUGCAGGAGCUUCGCCGACAGCUGUCCUCCACAGAGCAAGAGCUGUGCAAGCUCAACCAGGAAAAGGAGAGAGAAACAGAAGGAGGAACGGAGCCUCUUCUGAGUCUGCUUAAAGAGAAAGAAACCUUUAUCAAGGAGCUGAUGCAGAGCCAGGAGGAGACCAUGCAGCCAUCUUUCACAGACAGGGAGGAUGAGGUGAAGGCUUUGCAGGAGGAGUUGCAGCUGGUAGUAAAGAAGGAGAAGGAGGCUCAGGAGGAGCUCUUUGCUCUGCGUUCAUCUUUGACUCACCAGGACAUCACUGAUCACCAAUGUGUGCUGGAGCACCUUGUGUCAGAGUACAACCAGCUGAAUGAUGCUUUGAGGGCGGAGAAGAGAGUGUACCAAAAUCUCACGAACAUUCACACCAGGAGUGACAGCUCUGAGAAGAUCCAGGCCCUCCACACUGAGCUCGACUCGGUACAGGCGCUCCGCAGCCAGCUGGAGGAGGUCCUGACCAAGACCCGUAACAUGGCCGUGGUGCUGGAACGGGAAGCUAACAGGCAGCCUGACUUUGGAGAGCUCAGCACAGAUGAGGAGGAGGAGGAGGGAGACGAUGAAGAAGGCAGCAGUGACGAGUUCAGUGACAGCAUAGAGGAUGAUGAAAAAGUGACCGCCAGAAGUUUGGCCUCCAUUCAGGUUUGUGGAGCUGAGAGUGUGAAAAGCGUGUUGGUGUCUGAUGUGAAGCAUCUUGAGGAAGCAAAGAAGAUACUUGAAGUCCAGCUCAAAGAAAUAAAGUCACAACUGGAGAGGGAUGGAUACAACUCCAUAGCUCAGAUGAGGAGUGCACUGCAGGGUCUAAAGCAGGAGAAGCAAGCUCUGAAAGACAGUAGAGGACUGAACCAGGAGGAGGAGGAGGAAGAAGAAGAAGAGGAUUGGGAUAUCGAGGAAGAAGAUGAAGAGGAGGAAACAUCUCCGGUGCCGGUGGGGAAGCGUGGUCAUCUGUGUGUUAGUCGGAGUGAGGACCAGGGAAAGAGGGACUGCAAGAGGCCGCGCUGUCUGACCACCCUUCAUCACACACACCAGCCUGAGACGGAAACGGAGCCGGCUGGUGACAGCAGUGAUGUGGGAGUGCUCUGGCAGGAUAUAGGGCAGGGUCUUCAUGAACAAGCGUCCCGCCUGAGCUCCGAUCUGGCUCUGAGCCACCAGGAGAACAGAGAGCUGCAGGAAAGGCUGAUGGUGUCUGAGGCCACGGUGCAUGCUCAGGCCGAACAACUCAAGGACUACAGAGAUCUGCUCACCGAGACCUCUGUCCAGCAGGCCAAUAAGCAGGUGCAGGUGGACCUCCAGGAUCUGGGUUAUGAGACUUGUGGUCGCAGUGAGAACGAAGCUGAGAGAGAGGAUGCCAGCAGCCCAGAGUUUGAUGACUUGGAGAUGUGCACAUCACUGUCCCAUCAGCAGGACUACGAGGGUGGGGGCGGCAGCUGGUAUGCUGGUAGCAGUAACACAGAUGGUUAUGAAAUGGGCGAUGAGUCAGCCUCUCUGCAGCAUCUCAUCGAGGAUCUCCGCUCACAGCUGACCCGCUGCCACAAGGUGAUCCGUGGGCUGCAGCUGCGAGUCCGCUCCCUGUCUACAACCAGCGACUACGCCUCCAGCCUGGAGAGAACCCCACGCAAGGUAAACUGGGCCUUUGAGACAUCACCAGCCCCCAGCGGUGCAGAAGAGGAUGAAGGCUGGAUGUCAGACACCCAAAGGGUUCGCUCGGGGCCCAAGCCCAGCAGGGAGCUGCAGGAAUUGAUGACACGAGUUGCUUCACUGGAGGCGCAGCUUAAGAGCUCCAGACUGGAGGGCAAAGGCCAAGCAGAGGAGGGGAAAUGUGCCACCUGGCCUGGGAAGUACAACACUCUGAUCCAGGCACAAGCUCGUGAGCUGUCCCAUCUGAGGCAGAGGAUGAGAGAGGGGCAAGGGGUCUGCCAUAUCCUCACCCAACAUCUGGGUGACACCACCAAGACCUUCGAAGAGCUACUGCGGGCGAAUGAUAUCGAUUACUACAUGGGUCAGAGCUUCAGGGAGCAGCUGGCGCAAAAUUCCACCCUGGCACAAAGAGUGGUCGCCAAGAUCAGUGGACGGGAACGUGCAGAGAGCCAUGAUGACAAGGCAGGGCAUGAGUUGCUUGCACUACGGCUGAGUAAAGAACUCCAGCAGAAGGAUAAAAUCAUCGAGUCCCUCCACACAAAGCUGCAGCAGCGUCCAGAGACCCCUUCCAGCUGCCACGCCCUCUCUGAGACCACCGACCAAUCAGACAGGACGUCCUUGGUGUCUGAUGAGUACAGAACCAACGAAGAUCUGGAAAUGUGCUCCGAUUUAGACUCCAGAGAAUACCAGGAGGGGCUGCCGGGGCACGGAUCAGAACAAGACGUCCCUCCAUCCUCCAUUCCUCCUCAUGGUUUCCUCAAGACCUCCAGCAGCUGUCCCAACAUGCUUUGCUCAGCCCCUGUGGGUCUGACCAGUCAGUCCUCCAGAGCUCUUUUCAGUGAUCCUGUCUCAUUCUCCAUGCCUGGCCCCUGUGGCCCUGAUGUCUGGGGCAGAGAGGUUUAUUCUGACCCCCGGCCCAGGGCACUGUCUGUGCUCGCUGUUCGCCCAGAGCUGGACACGCUGUACAGACAGAUGAUUGAGCGGAACAGGGGCUUUGCAGUUCCCCAGGACAGGCCUCUUUUCAGUCUCUCACCUGGUGGCCACAACCAGCACGACAUCUCCGGCUACAGCCAGCUCUCCCAUCAUGCAUUUCAACAGUAUCCACUGGGUGGCAUUCCCGAAAACCACUCGCUGAAAUCGGACUCAGGUCUACUGACAGCGGGGACUUUAUGGGACAUGGAGAACAGGGGUCAGCAGGUCGGAGGCUACUCUGGAUCGGGACACCUGCAGGGAAGCAGCCAUACAGGGGUAAAUUUGAUAGAGGAGCACCUGCGAGAGGUGCGCUGUCUCCGUCAGCGUCUGGAGGAGUCCAUCAGGACCAACGAGAGACUCCGGCUGCAGCUGGAAGAGAGACUGGCCUCCACUGGGCGUGAAGGAGGGGCACCAACAAACAUCUACAUUCAGGGACUGGAUACAGUCACUCAGCUGUCCAAUGAGAUCCGAGUCCUGAAGGAAGAAAAUGUGGGCCUACAGUCACGCCUGCAGGCCAGCACAGACACAUGUGAGGAGGUGGUGCAGCUGCGGGAGGCGGUGUUUACAGCUCGCGCUCGCCUGAAACAAGCAGAGCUGGAGGCGGAGCAGUGGAAAGAGGAGCUGAGAAGACUCCAGGCUCACAGUCAGGAACAGGGCCAGCAGAUUCACAUACUGAGGCAGGAACGGCAGGCCAGCCAGGAGAAAACCAACAGGCUCCAGCAUGAGGUGUCUCUCCUGCAGCAGCAGCUCUGUGAGAGCAGAGAGCUCAUACACUCACUGCAGAGCGAACUACAAGUAUAUGAUCAAGUGUGUCCCCGCACAAAAGCCAACAAAGGCUUCCUGUGUGAGCUGCCAGGUCUGCCGGUGGAGCUGGGCGAGCUGCUCGGGGAGGUGAGGAGUCUGCGAGCACAGCUGCAGAACAGCGUCCAGGAGAACAGCGCCCUCAAACAGCUGGAGCUCCACAAGCAGCUCGAGCAGAAGCUGGGUGUGGGCUCCCCUAGGACCCCCGCCCUCUCCGCCCUCACUGCCAGCCCGCAGAGAGAAAACUUCUACAGGCGACAGCUUCUGCACGACCCUGCUCCCUCUCCACCAGUCAGGGACAUUGGUCUGUUUAACUGCGGGUCGCCCGGUCCUCCCUACUCAGACCUGGAUGACAGCCAAAGCACCGCCAAUGACCCUCUCGACCCUCACUCUGAGCUGGAGGGUGAGGCCCCUGAUGGAUCGUUUGCCAACCGUAAUGGGCGCCACGCCAUCGGCCAUGUGGAUGACUUCGGCGCUCUGCAGCAGCAAGUACUAGAGGGCCGGAGCCUCGUCCAGCGCAUGGAGACCACCCUGCAGGCCUGUCUCGGCCCCCCGCUGCUGGAGGGCAACCGGAAACAGAGCAGUGAGCUGGUCCUGGACUAUGGAUGUGUGAAGAGUCUGCUGUCCAACACCAAGACUCUGAGGCAGAUCCUGGAGGAGGCCAUGUCUCUGCUGAAGAUGUUCUGGAGAGCAGCGCUGCCUAGCUCUGAUCCCUCCAUGCAGAACCUCAAGAAGGAGCAGUGUAUGCACGAGGAGAUCUUGUCCCUGAAGCUGCGUGUGUCGGAGCAGGAAGAGGUUCUCAAGGGGACCAUUCAAAGACUGAGGAGCACCAGCCGCACCAAGGAGAACAUGGAGCACUUCAUAGUCAACCAGUUGUCAAGGACUCGUGAUGUGCUAAAGAAAGCCAGAACAAAUUUAGAGAAGAAUGAGCUGAGACUUUCCUCUCUAAGCUCCUCCUCUUCCUCUCCUUAUGCUGAUGAGGACCCAGGAGGGACUGCCAGAGAGCGGACUGCUAAUCGCAGUUUCUUGAAGAUCAGCGGUGCUUCCGGAGCUGCAGUCAAUCAACGUCCAGCAGCAAGGAAGCGCAGCAGCCAAUGCCUGCUUUAAACUUUUAAAGAACCAGCCUCAACGCUACCACCUCUUACCUCUAACCUCUUAUAGCCAAGACAUAACACCCCCCAGCCUCUUUACAGCUCCCUGACACCAGCCUUUUUGUCCCAACAAGCCUCCGUCCCGCCAUGAGAGUGCUUCCGACCCUCCCUCCUCCAGGCAAUACAUGCGCAGUAUAAUCUGCACCUUGAGCCUUACCAAACUCCCUUCAACCCCCUCGCCAAUUUUCUGACUCCCCCCUUCCCCUCCUGCCACAUGUGUUAUUGUCUUUGAGUGAUACAGUUGGCAGUUUGCCUCGUCGUGUGUGUGACAGAAGAAGGUGUUUGAAAUGUGCCUCUGGUGGUUUAGUGACGUGUGUCCUUCUGACGGAGCUGGUUGAAGAUGCUCCUAGAAACUGAUCUCAGACCAGGUGUUUGUUCUUAAACAGAUUUUUGGUUAAUGGGUUGUAUUACAGAAACUUUAUAGAAAAUUAAACCUGAUUUAGGCCUUUUAAAAUGUGUUGAAAUUAACCAUAGACUUGAGAGAACAUAACUUAGGAAUUAAAACCAUAAAUUUCCAUAGUACACCCUCAGAUAUGUAUCUAAGAGCAUCCUCUUUUGAGAGCCAGGCAGCCUGUGGACGGAAAAGAUGUUCAUGAAUGUUUGAUCGUGGCUUGAGAGAGGAAUUCUGCGCACAUGUACAUACACAUUUAUAUCUGUAUGUGUGAUCUAAAACGGCUCACUCAAAGACAACACUUCCUUAACUUCGACUGCCACAGAAAUGCAAGUGUACUUCUCGUGGCGCUUUUAAGAACAAGGACUUUUUUUUGCAAAUGCAACGCAAAGAACAAUGACAUCCACGAUGUAUCACUACACACAGUGGAGGAAUGUAGAGGAGGUAGACGAUCCUUGCGAAAAAGUUGUGUACUAGUACUGGUAUUUGUGGAAGCUUCUGAGUGCUUUGUCAGCCAUCAGCCAAGGGUUAUGAAUAGCAGAACGAAAGCCAGAUAAAGGUUCCAUUUGAGUCGCAAGCUAUUUUAGGGUCUUAAUGGUACUUUUUUGGCAUGUACCUACAUUUGAAAAACUGAACAUGGGAGUCAAAAACAUGGGAGUAAACUAUCUGGUUGGUAGUGAUUUCCUAAGUAAAAAAACAGAGGUUAAAGUGCUGAAAUGGAACUUGGCUAAACACGCGUAUUCAAGCUCCUCAGUAGGAGUUCUCAUACGAGCAUGUGCAAUAAUGAUGUUUCAUGAAUGAUCAUGCUGAACCGAGUUACUAUUUUAUUUUUUGCUUGACACUGGAUUAUUAGUCAAACUCUAUAUAACGUUAGGACACAGUUAGUGUUACGAUUGUACUAUUUACCAGAGUGUUGAUGCAUGACAGAGAUUGUUCACACCUAAGCUGUGGGACAGGGGAUUGCCAAUACUUGCCAAAGUUUAAACUUCGAACUUACUUUGACUUGCCUCAUCCAUGCGAAUGACAAACCCAGGUCUUAUCAGACCGCAGGGAUACCGAGGUGUCUUUUUUUCAGAGGGCCUUCAGAACCACAGAGACGGUAACCGUUAGACACAUUGCUCAGUACAUUUCGAAUUCUGUUACGGAAAUUAGCUCCUUUUUUGGACCAAAACUCAACAGAGUGGAUUUUUCCCACAUGGCCAUAUGCUAUUGUCUUUAUGUUAUUCUCUUGGUUCAGGCCGUCUCAGCAUUCCCAUGGCAAUGGCAAUAUAGGUUAUCAAGUUCUUAUAGAAGAUGCAAACUUUGGCAGGCUACUGGUAGGACCAUUGUUCUUUUAAUUCACUCACUUAUAACAGUUCAAAUUAAGUUUGAUGUGUUCUUGCUGUACAUUUGCCAUUUUGUGCUGUAUAUAACCUGCUGGUUCUAUUCAAACGUGUGUGUGUGUGUGUGUGUGUGUGUGUGUGUGUGUGUGUGUGUGUGUGUGUGUGUGUGUGUGUGUGUGUGUGUGUGUGUGUGUGUGUGUGUGUGCGUGUGUGCGUGCGUGCGUGCGUGCGUGCGUGCGUGCGUGCGUGCGUGCGUGAAAAAACAUCCAACAUUUGCUUUUUGCAAAGUUGAUUUUCUGGGUAGCUGUGCAAUAGCUUUAUAUUAUUUUGAUGUUAAACAUCAUGGUAUUACGAGUAUGUUUGCUGCGGUUGUUAAUAUGCAGUGUGUGAUAGAGGAUUGUGUCAAUUUGUAUCAAUUAGUUACAUGGGCUGUGUCUGACUCGAAACCACACACUAUGCCUUCAUGAUAUCGAAGUCACUGAUCACAAUGUCAUCACCUAUAACAAAGCUCUGAUAAUGUUGCUUCGCUUGCCUUUAUAUUUAGCCUGAGAGCUCAAUCUGCUCUCAGCGGUCGAAAUGGCCUUGAACUAGUGCUCGUCUACCUGGGAUCUGCCAAAUUAGGUUUUGUUUGCGCUCGAGUCUUAGGAAAAAGACUGAAGUUGCCAAGUAUUUUAAUAGAGAUAACAAGUUUGAUAUUUCCUUUUUGAAAUUAGACAGUUAAAGGGAAAGGUUUUGAAGAAUUGUGUACUGUAAAAAGAAAAAGCCAAUGAAAGACUGUGAAAUGUUGGAUCCACAAAGCACCUUGUUAUAGCGUAAACAAAGCCUUUUUUUGCUAUUUGGUAUUAAGAAGGGAAUUGAACAGCAGUUUGACACAAUGCUUUGUUGGUUCUGCGUUGCGUGUGUAUAUAGUGCUAUUUGAUUGGUGCAAUUUUUAUGUGGUUGGAAAGCAGCUUUUUCUGAGUUUGCACAUAAUGAACUAGGAAGCCGAUACAGGACUCGUAUAGAUCCUGUCUCUGAUGACAGUUAACAGUGUGCUGUGUUGGAAAAAGUAUUAGCAAUGACAGAUUUGGGGAAGGAAUAAAUAAAACAUUUUAAAAAGUU